AUGGCUUCUCUUGGUGGUAACAUCUUACCCCCGGAGCUGGAUAACAAGAUAGUUUAUGCUGGCAUCGCCGGCGUCUUUUGCUUUGCCCUAGGCCUCUCCAGGGUCUUUGCAAGCACGCACUCAGAGAGCACCGCGGCCAACGAGACCCCCGGCCUCGUCAGGUCCCUGUUUCUCUUUGCGUAUGGCUGUUUCCUCAAGCCUCACGAGGGUGAUGGCAAGGGCACUCAGCAGGAUGCUCUGGAGUCCUUCUACAAGGCUCAAGCCGGCAUCUAUGACACCACCAGGUCGGCCCUCCUCAAGGGCCGCGAGGAUAUGCUGGCGCUCGUGGCUGCGCAGCUCCAAGCCAAGGCCGACAAGAAUGCGCUGACCAAGCCGAAGAGAGUCUGGGUUGAUGUGGGUGGUGGCACUGGCUGGAACAUCGAGGCGAUGGCCUCAUUCGUAGACGUGCCCCACUUCUUCUCUGCAGUCUAUCUGGUUGACUACUCUCCUUCGCUGUGCGAGGUCGCCCGCAAGCGCUUUGCGAGACUUGGCUGGGAUAAUGUCAAGGUUGUCUGCGAAGAUGCGCGAAAAUUCAAUCUCGACGACUACGAGGGCGACGUGCAGGGAGCUCGAGCUCCGCUCCAGACUCCCAGCAGCUACUUCUCCCAGAAACGUCCCGAGCACGGCGGCGCUGACCUGGUCACAAUGUCGUACAGCUUGUCCAUGAUUCCCGAUUACUACUCCGUCAUAGACUCUCUGACAUCGCUCCUGUCGCCGGACGGCUUGCUUGGAGUGGUUGACUUCUACGUCCAGUCACAGGUGGAUGUCAAUUUCCGGAAUUACACUGGUGGCCUCGUCGACCGCCACGUCAACUUCUUUGGACGCACGUUCUGGCGUGCCUGGUUCGAUAUCGACAGGGUCGGUCUGGAACCGAGUCGUCGUGACUACCUCGAGUACCGAUUUGGAACGGUGCUGAAUGCCAACGCUCGCAACAACACGCUUGGUGCCAUCCCCUACUACGUGUGGCUGGGCUGCCACAAGAAGCCAUUUGCCUCCUCGAGUCUGCCGAGUGAGAUUGUCGAGUACGUCGACGCCCUCGUGACUGAAUCACCUUAUCUCUUACCAGCCAAUGCCCCCAAUGCCCUCACUCGAGCGGUCCAAAGGGCCGCCCCUGAAAUCCGCUCCAAGGCAUUCGAUGCUGCAGUCGCCAAUUUGUCCUCAAAUCUGCCCCUGCCUGCUUUCUUUUACCAGCAUCAUCACUGGCGCAUCUACUACGACGAGAGGCUGAGGAAGCAUACCCAAUUCAACGAUGAGUAUAUCUAUGCCUUCACAUGGGAAGACUCUCGUGUCGACGCUCGCAUCCUCAACCUUGGUUCUGAAGAUGUCGUCCUGGCAAUCUGCAGCGCAGGUGACAACAUUCUGUCGUAUGUGAUGCAGGGUCCUGCCCGCGUUCACGCAGUCGACUUGAACCCGACCCAGUGCCAUCUCCUCGAGCUCAAGGUCGCCUCGUAUAGUGCCCUUCCGUACGAAGACUUCUGGAAGCUCUUUGGCGAGGGCAAACACCCAAACUUCCGUCAGCUCUUAAUUUCUAAGCUUUCUCCGCAUCUGUCUAGCCGCGCGUUCCAGUACUGGCUGAGCAACACGCACAUCUUCACCAACAAGCGCGGCCGCGGGCUGUACGACACAGGUGGCUCGAAGCAUGCAAUCCGCAUGAUGCGUUGGAUCGCUCGCAUCUUUGGCCUCCAGCGCUCCGUCGACUCUAUCCUGACAGCAAAGACUCUCAACGAGCAGCGGGAAAUUUGGCGCAGCAAAAUUCGACCCGUCAUGCUUUCUACGCUCGUCAAUCGACUUGUAGUCAGCCAGGAAGCCUUCUUGUGGACUGCCCUAGGUGUGCCCAAGAACCAACUCGCCAUGAUCGAAGCGGACCACGCCAGUCUGUGCCACGAGGACAAGGGGGCGCAGAACACCCGCUCCCAGGCUGUCUGGAAUUACAUGGUAAACACACUCGACCCGAUGGUCGAGAACACUCACAUUGCAGCUGAUAACCCCUACUACCACGUCUGUUUGGCUGGCCAAUUCAGCCGUAGGUGCCAUCCAGAGUACCUCGCACCACAAGCCCACGCUCGUUUGUCCCGGCCUGGCGCGUUUGAUGGCCUUCGCAUCCACACAGAUGAGAUCGAUGAGGUUAUCGCGCGUAUCACGCCCGGCACGCUGACCGUUGCAGUCGUGAUGGACUCGAUGGAUUGGUUUGACCCAGACUCAAAUGCCGCGACGAGCCAGAUUCGCAAGCUCAACCGUGCCCUGAAGAUGGGCGGCCGUGUCAUGCUGAGGAGCUCUGGCCUGACACCGUGGUAUCUCAAGGAGUUUGAGCUCCAGGGAUUCACCGCAAAAUGUCACGGCAAGAGGGCACCGGGCGUGUGUAUUGAUCGUGUGAACAUGUAUGCCAGUUGCUGGAUUUUGACCAAGAAUUCCAACCUCCCACCACCAACACCGGACUUGGAUGGUGGUGCGGCCGGUGCUGAAAUGGAGAGCUUGACCAUCUGA